AGAUGUUCGCCCUGCUUACUCAAACCAUGCUCUCUGAAGACUCUGGCUCUGGCUACAUUGCAUAUGGCGCAGGUGACUUUGACGGACAGAGCUCUGGACAUGACUUCUACGGCACCGUCUACUUCCCCCCCACUGGCUUUGUCAACAACUGUGAUGGAGGACGCAGCCACAACUAUUGUGACUACCGUCAGCAGUAAUAAGAGGAGACGAAGUUCAGACGCAAUAAAGUCCACUCAAUCU